CUAAAAGUGGAAGCAUAACUCAUAACUAUGGUGGAAGAUAAGAAAACUAGUGGUGUUAGAGGAUGCAUAAAAACUAGCAGAGGGCCGUGGUUGGUUCACAGAACCGCCAAAGAUGGCAGUGUUGUGACUAGGUUCCGUUAUCCAUCUGACAGAGAGCGACAAAAAAAUAAGCAAAGGGAGAAAAAUCGCCGAAGAGUAGCUCACAAAAUCUUUGCUGGACUACGAGCUCAUGGAAACUACAAACUUCCAAAGCAUGCUGACACCAAUGAUCUUCUCAUUGCUCUAUGUAAGGAAGCUGGAUGGCACGUUGAAGAAGAUGGCACCAUUAACGGGAAGGAUCCAGUGAAAGACCUGCCAAGAUUGAUUGAUGUAGACUCCGCUCAAGUUUCUAUGGAAGAUCAAACCAAAGAUGAAGACUACUGUAAAUGUGAAGAUCAAAUCAAAGAUGGAGAGUAUUAUUGUAAGUGUGAGGUUGAGAUGAACAAGGUGGAAUCCGAGAAAGGUAGGCCAGAAGGUUCACUGACGUCAUCUGCUGAAGUGUUUGACGUCAAUUUGACUCUAUCACUCUCUUCUUAA